AUUUUAAGCAUUUGAUCAUUAUAGGACUAACUCAUAUUUUCGUUAUAGACACUGGCAAGCAAUAGAGUCUAUGACAGAAUGGCAAAAACGUGUUGCGGACCCAAGUCUGUGAAUAGCCUAUUAUGUAAAUCAGUUUACAUCCUGCCUCCGCCCAUACUGUCCAUCACUGUGGAACUGUGAGGUCGCGCAAGUACGAAAGUAGUCUGUCAGUCGCCAAUAGGUUGGACACUUGUCAGAGAUAUAGGUACAUCAAAAACAGUAUGCUCUGGAAAGUAACGGUUUGCUGUGGCGCUUGGUUACUGGUUCUGAUCUUCAGUGGUGCCAUCAGUGCAAAAUCCCAGCGCGAUCCCAGGACUGUGACUUUCACGCGGACGCUGCGCACUGAGAAGUUGGGUCAAGUGCGUUCCCGGAGCCGAAGGGAAAGCUGGUUUGGCGCGUCCAACUUUGCGUACUGCAGACAACCUUUAGAUCCAUCAGAACAUCAAACUCUGGACCAGAACACCCAUGAGACAGGGUUCCAUGGUGAUGAUGGAUCUAGCUUCACUUUAACAUGGGUUGGCGAUGGCACUGGAGUGAUUCUUGUUUUAUCCACCAUCAGUGGACCACUGGAUACAUUCUAUGAAGGAGGAUCCUCACGCCUCUAUCGGAGUGAGGACUAUGGAAAAACCUUUCACGAUAUCUCACACGUCAUCAACAACACGUUCAUUCGGAAGGACUUUGGGGUCAGUGCCGGACCUGGAAACUCAAAACAGGUGAUUCUCACAGCUGAUCUUCCUAUCACCAAGACUGAAGGGGGUGUCAUUUUCACCUCGGAAGAUACAGGCGUGUCCUUCACAUCUGUCAGUCUGCCUUUUCACCCUGCUCAGCCAAUCACCUUCAACUUCCAGAAUCCCAACUAUCUUGUGGCUAUAAGCACUGAUGGAGGCCUGUGGCUCUCACUGGACUUUGGGAACAGAUGGACGAAAGUCCACGAGGGAGCCCAUUCUUUUAUGUGGGGUGCAAACAUCACUCUUUACUUCAGCUACAGUCCCAACGGCACAGUUGAGGCUGAUCAAAGAGGAGAGCUGUUCUUGAAACGGACAAAGGAUCUUGGCCUGACUUUCACAACCAUUGCACAGAAUAUCUUCUCCUUUGGCUACAUAGGAGGGUUCCUCUUUACUUCAGUUAUGGAGAAACUGGGGUCACCACGUGUCAUCUAUGUAUCAUCUGACCAGGGGGACAAAUUCAACAAAGCUCAACUCCCCUCUGCCUCCACAGAACAGUUCUACUCUGUCCUGGAUGGGGAUGAAGACAUGAUCUUCAUGCACGUGGACAAACCUGGAGAGGACACCUACUAUGGGACGGUGUACACGUCAGAUGACCGGGGCAUCCUGUACUCCAAGUCUCUUGAGCGCCACCUGUUUGGUGGGGAGGGGAAAAGCGACUUCACAAACAUCACAUCGCUCAGAGGAGUUUACCUCACCAACGUACUGGAAGAAGAUGGCGGCAUUCGGACUGUCAUCUCAUUCGACAGAGGAGGAGAGUGGAGACUUCUGAAGAAGCCUGAGAAUGUCAAAUGUGGGGCGAAUGUUAAAAAGUGCAACCUGCACAUCCAUGGGGAGCACAGCCGCUACAACAACAUCACCCCAAUGCUGCCUCUCACUGACCCCACCGCCAUCGGACUGGUCAUCGCUCACGGCAGUGUGGGUGAGUCUAUGUCUGCGAUGCGGCCUGAUGUAUACAUCUCCAGGGAUGGGGGCUACACCUGGUUCUGCAUCCUGAAGGGACCCCAUCACUACAGCAUAUUGGACUCAGGUGGACUCAUUGUGGCUGUGGAGGCCCACAAGGAUCGGCAGAUCAACUCCAUAAAGUUUUCAACAGAUGAGGGUCAGUGUUGGAAGUCCUAUAAUUUCACUGACCACCCCAUAUUCUUCGCCGGUCUAGCGUCUGAACCUGGCAGUAAAACCAUGAACAUCAGUGUGUGGGGCUAUCGGCCAGAGGAUGAUGAUCAGCCCAUGUGGGUCGCCGUGACCAUUGACUUUGAGCGUCUACUCACCCGAGAGUGUCAAGAAAGGGACUACGUGACCUGGUUGGCUCACGCGACGGAGGGCGGAGAUUCAGAGACAGAUGGGUGUGUCCUAGGCUACAAGGAGACCUAUAGGAGGCUCAGAAGACUGGCCGUCUGCAGGAAUGGGCGGGAUUACGUUGUCGUCAGGAAACAGACACCUUGUCCAUGUACUAUGGAGGAUUACAUGUGUGACUAUGGUUACUAUCGUCAUAAGAACAGCUCAGAGUGUGUGAAACAGGCAGACUUCAAAGAAGAGACCCUCGAAGUGUGUGUGCAUGGAGUGGUGGAAACGCUUCAGACCUCUGGCUAUCGGAAGGUCCCCAGUGAUAAAUGUGAAGGAGGCUUCUCACCCCUGCGGCGGAUCAAUUCAGGUCAGAAACAUUGUGGGAAUGGCAGUCAGGCCUCGUCCAUCAGUCCCAAUCCUGAGAAACCUGUGGAUUCACUGAAGCUGAUUGUGGUGUGUGUGACCGUGGGUGUUGUCGCUGUGGUAAUUUCUGUGGCAAUUCUCAUCACUGUCAGGAAGAUGAUUUCAAGGCCAAGGCCACGUGCGUAUCUCUUCUCUGCCUUGCGGCUGCAGGAUGAUGAUCAGUGUAUUCACCCGGAGCCUGGAUCCCAGACCAGCAGCAACCGAGGAAGCUACCAGGCAGACUCAGAUGAUGUGUGUUUGAACGCACACCACAAAUAUUUAAUCUCUGAUUGAGAGCGAUAACAAUAGGUGUUACGACACACCCCAAAUGCAUAUAUUUACUUCCAAAUGCCCAGGUGACUUAUAAGAAAGGGCUGUAUUUGUUGGUGACACUGACAACCGUCCAAAAGACGUUUUUUUUUAUUAUUUUUUUUAAAUCAGCACAAUGGCUUUAGUGUCUUAAGUGAUACCUACAUCUGUUCUGCAACAGGAUAUCAAACUGCACUUUGCUGCUCUCAAAAUAAUACCAAAACACUUAAUCAAACUGAUCACAUAUUCUCAAAUGAAAACACAUAAUGAACACUACAUGAUAAUGACCAUGAUUUUAAACACUAAAUACUAGUAUACUACUGUAGAAAAGGCCUACCAAUAAUUACAAAAAUGUAUAUUUGAACUUGUCAUAAGGGGUUAAGGAUAAUGCACAUUGUUAUGAUUAUUGAUCAAAUAAAAGUCAAGUUAAAGGCUGUUAGCUACCUAGAAGUUAAUUAAGAUCAGAAAUCAGAAUUCACACAUGACCUGACAGCCCCUAAUGUUAUGUCUGUGAGGUUAUAGUUACAAUGUAAAUCCUUUUCCUUGAUUUGUCUUUCUUGUUGCUGUCCACAGGAGCUCAUUCAAUGAUCAAAUGUACAGAAAUGGGAUCUUCAGAUGAGCUAACUUCUAGAAUGAGCUACUCCAGGGUGACUUGCAAUCUUUGGAUUUCUUGUCUAGUCAUGGGGACACAGCUUGGUAGCUUGUCAUGCCUUUAUAAGGACAACUUUGAUGCAGAAAUGUGAAAUCGCAGUUAUCUAAACCAGAUAUUUAUUGCUCGACUUUGCUCGAGGCAAUAUUUGCUCGAGGGUUAUUUUCUAUUGAUAAUAUAUUCAGUUCUGUCUUGUGAGAGCAAUUUUGAGUAUACACUGUGUUUUUCACUCGCUAUGCUAUGUAGAGGUAACUUUUAAAGUAAUCGCUCAAUAAUGGAUCAUACGCCAAUGAUCUAAAUGUGAUCAAAACAAGCACUAGGCAUUGGAAUAUGAAAAAAACAAGCACUUGGCAUGAAGACACUUAAACAAUGUCAUGAGAUCAGAACUUAAAUGUAAUGUAAAUUUUACAACGGCAUUGAACACGAUUCAGCCAAUCAUAUUUAAGGACCGGAAGCAUUUUACAAAAUAAGUUUAUUGCAUCUACUGUGAAAAGAACAUGAUCUGUGGUGUCAGCUAUGCAAACUGUCAUUUAAAUAUUUUCAAACCAUAUCUGCAGGAAUAUGUUGAGACUGUUUCCUGUUUCCUGUUUUUUGUUUUUUCUUUCCCGAUAAAAAUGUUAGCUGGUCAAUAUAACUUCUCUGGCUGCAUGUAUUAUGAUAAGUGACGCUGUUUCAAUAAAUAUCCUUUCAACUGCU